UGCACACAAUUGUAUCCUUUUUUUCCCUCCAAAUCUCUACCCUAUGAUAUCUCUCUCUUCUUUGUCUCCUUCAAGGCUUCAACGUGGGUUUUAAAGAAGAGCGUGCAAUCUUGUAUUUUAUGCCUUGGAAUUAUAACCAUGAGCAGAUAUACCUGAUUUGUUAUUUACUACUCCUGUAUUAGUAGGUUUUAUUUUCGUUCUGGUUUACUGGUAUUUGAAAUUUUCAUCUGGGUUUUCGGAAUUUUACACUUGUUUAAUUUAUGCCUACUUGUGAUUUCGUUUUUGCCGUUUGAAAGUUUCUGAAAAGUAUUUUACAGAAGUAUAACUUUCACUUUGAAGACUUGAGUGGUUUUUUGUUUAUUUCUUUUAUCAAUCGGUGCUAUGGACGAUGAACGUUAUGAUUUGGAGCUUGAAAAUAAAGUGAAAGUAGGGUAUACUAAACUGGGUGUUGAAGAAGAAGCAGAAAUUCAGAGUGCUGUUAGAAUUUUGUUGCAAGGGUUGGGUGAAGAUAUCAAUAGGGAAGGUAUCCAAAAAACUCCCCUUCGCGUCGCAAAAGCUCUCAGGCAUGCAACUAAAGGAUAUAAACAGAAUGCAAAAGAUAUUGUAGAAGGUGCAUUGUUUCCAGAAGCGGGUCUAGUAGACAAUAAUACAGUUGGCCGUGCCGGGGGAGCAGGGGGUCUUGUCGUUGUUCGUGAUCUUGACUUAUUCUCUUAUUGUGAAUGUUGCUUGCUGCCGUUCCAGGUUAAAUGUCAUAUCGGUUAUGUUCCAUGUGGGGAACGCGUUGUUGGCCUUAGUAAGCUUUCUCGGGUUGCUGAUGUCUAUGCUAAGCGUCUCCAGGAUCCACAACGGCUGGCUGAUGAAGUGUGUUUAGCUUUGCACCAUUCCAUUAAGCCAGCUGGUGUCGCUGUUAUUUUUCAGUGUGUUCACAUGCAUGUUCCGGCUUUAAAGUCUAUGUUCCUUGACAGAUCCCCUCAAGGGUGUAUCAAAGUGCUGGUAUCCUCGGGAUCAGGAAUUUUUUUAGAUGAAGAUGGUAAUACUUGGGGGGAAUUCUUUGGUCUUCUAGGAUUUCGAAGCUCGAUAGCUGAUGAAAUCCAAAAGAAGAACUCGACCCAUCAAUGGUGCCCAUCCCAAGCUUCCCCAAUUAGUAAAGUCAUUGAUCCUAGUAUGGUUAGUGCAGUCACUUCGAUUCUUAGAUCCUUGGGUGAGGAUCCAUCAAGGAAAGAGCUUCUUCGUACUCCUGCUCGUUUCUUGAAGUGGCUAAUGUAUUAUCAGAACUGUAAUACGGAGACUGAGCUGAAUGCAAUUUUAGGUAACUCAAGGGGACCUCAAAAAUCAAAUGGUAACGUGAAAGUAAACAAGCGGAUCCAUUCUGAGCUGAGCUUACCGUUUUGGUCACAGUGUGAACAUCACUUGCUUCCAUUUCACGGGGUAGUGCAUAUAGGCUACUUUUCUGCUGGAGAAGAUCCCGUUGAGAAGUCCAUCCUUCAGUCAAUUGUACUCUUCUACGGGUUCAAGCUUCAGGUGCAAGAGAGGCUCACUAAACAGGUUGCUGAAACAGUUGCACCUCUUGUUGGUGGAGAUGUAAUAGUCGUAGCAGAGGCUAGCCAUAUGUGCAUGAUCGCUCGGGGUAUUGAAAAGUUAGGAAGCAGUACAGCCACAGUUGCUGUUCUCGGUCACUUUUCAACUGAUGCAAAGCUUAGGGCCUCGUUUUUGGAAAGCCUUCCGAGCAAUGUCAAUGGUUUUCUUUAAGAUUCUCUUAGAUAUGAUUCAUGUUGUCUGAAGCUUCUUUUGGAUCGGUUAACUCUUUUAUCUGGGCCAAGGCAAGUUAGACAAUGUAUGUUUUAAAGAUUGCAAUAAGCAUAUUUAUAUGAAUAAAUCUGGUUUUUCU